CCUUCCCAAACCCUCCUUAAGUCCUUCGCCUUCGAUCUCCAUUGUCCAUCUCUCAUCUCACUCAGUACUUUCUUGCACCCAAAUCAUUCACUUUCCUCUGUUUUUUGCUGUCCAUACAAAGCACAUAUUCACUAUGUGUUCCUUUAAAUUUAGGCUGCACCGCAGUGCUAAUAAUAUUGCUACUCCUAUUGCUAAGAUUAAUGGCCGCCCGGUCCUUCAGCCAAAAUCCAAUCAAGUUCCUAGCUUGGAAAGACGCAAUUCACUUAAAAAGAACUCACCUGCAAAGUCUCCUACUCAGGAACCAGCUGCAGUACCACCUAUACCAUUAAUGCAACCAGCUGGUAAUGCCGCAGGUACUAAAACUAAGCAGCCUUCAGGACUGUCCCUCCCUAUCUCUCCCAAAUUAAAAUCACCUGUACCUCCAGCAGUUAAGAGAGGAAAUGAUCCUGACGGGUUAAAUACUAGUGCUGAAAAGGUUUGGAUACCACGUAGCACAACAAAAGUGACAGCUAGUUUGGUAAAGAAGUCGACGAAAUCUAGCACUGUAGGAGUUCCAAUUUCUGUUGACCCUUUUGCUAUGAAACACUCAUCUUUGUUAGUUGAGUCUCCAGGCAGCAUAGCUGCUGCUAGAAAGGAACAUGUUGCUGUUAUGCAAGAACAAAGAAAAAUGCGUAUUGCUCAUUAUGGGAGAACAAAGUCUAUGAAGUAUCAAGGGAAAGUUGUUCCUGCUGAUUCUCCGGCUACAAAUACCAUCUCUCGAGAGGAAAAGAGAUGUAGUUUUAUCACUCCUAAUUCAGAUCCUAUCUAUGUUGCUUACCAUGAUGAAGAAUGGGGCGUUCCUGUCCAUGAUGAUAAGAUGCUGUUUGAAUUGCUAGUACUGACUGGUGCACAAGUUGGAUCAGAUUGGACUUCAAUCUUGAAGAAAAGAGAGGCAUUCAGGGAGGCCUUUUCAGGGUUUGAUGCAGAAGUUGUUGCCAAAUUCACUGAAAAGAAAAUAGCAUCAAUUAGUUCUGAGCAUGGCAUAGAAACAAGCCAAGUUCGAGGAGUGGUAGACAACUCUAAUAAGAUUCUGGAGGUUAAAAGGGAAUUUGGGUCAUUUGACAAGUACUUGUGGGGAUAUGUUAAUCACAAACCUAUAUUCUCCCAAUACAAAUCAUGCCAAAAGAUCCCUGUGAAGACCUCAAAAUCAGAAACCAUAAGCAAAGACAUGGUGAAGAGAGGGUUUAGAUUUGUUGGUCCAACUGUCAUCCAUUCAUUCAUGCAAGCAGGCGGACUCCGUAAUGACCACUUGAUCACCUGUCCAAGGCACCUUCAAUCCACAGCCUUGGCAUCCCAACAUCCUAGCACUCUAGCCCCACCUUCGUAGAUGGAGUUGAUUUACAAGUGGCAGCAUAGAAGGGGGAGAGGAAAAAAAAAAAAAACAGAGAGAAGGGAGAUGAUCAACAUAUUACAUGGCAUAUAGUGUGACCAUAAAGAAACAAAUAUAGUUAAGUGGCUUGAUUACCUAACUACAGAUAAUAAAUUAAUGCUGCUUUUUAAUGUCAAAUAUUUCUGUGUAGACAGGCUUUUUUGGGAGUUUUCAGUGAUGGGGCUAAGAUAGAAUGGGAUGAUGAAAUGAAAAAUUAAAGGAGUCUUCGGAGUGGGGGCAUAUGGGCACAGACAGCAUGUGCGGGUGGGCAGGCAAUGGCAUAUGUAUGGUUUCUCAACUCCCAAUGGCUUUUAAUUUAGUGACCACCACGCCCCCCUCAAUUCUCUAUUCUUCCUUUAAGCUGGCCCUCGGAGGAUAAUCUCCUAAAUAUUCUCUUCUUUUCUCCCUUCGUGGAUUGGAUAAGAAUUGUUGUAUCUUCAGCUUUCUCGAGGAUAUAAAGACUAAAUUCUCUGGAGACAGGCACGAGAAUUUGAUCCAAGUAUAUAGUGACUUGUUGCCAUUGUACCUCAUCUCCUAAACAGAGUAGCCCAGAUACAUUUGUAAUGGUCAUUUUUUUCAAUCCUAACUUGUGAGGGAUACCAAGUUCUUGUGAUAUUAUGAACUAAUGUACUGUUUGAGUGCUUUUUUGCUG